UUUUUUCACUUUAGCAUGUACAUAAUUUAUAAUUUAAUCAAAGUAAUAACUACACUGUCGUCGAACUACAUUUUGAAGAACGUUUUCGUGAUUUACCGUGAUGUUGUUUUUUAAAUAUUGUGAAUGAAUGUGCAUACAAAAUUAAUUAUUUAGAAAAUGGCGCCUGCGGUCACUUUCACGAAAGUGUUAACAAAACAAAAGCUGCUAAUUAACAAUUACAAUAUUAUAAAACAAGAUACAAAGUUUGAUUUGCGAGAAAAUUGCAAUGGGAACGGUGUUGCACUACACAAGGGUGUCGAUUAUUACGAUGAAGCAUUGCCAAAAAAUGAUCCAAAACUUCUGGCACCUAUAAGAAGAUGGGAAAAGAGGAUGGGGUUUGUGACACCAAUUCGAUGGAUAAACACUUUUCUCAUAUCUUUAUUUCACAUAAUAACCGCGGCAUACGCUAUAAAUGCCUUUUUGCGGUACGGGAUAACGCCAGUAUGGCAAAGUUGGGUGUUUGAAUUAUUUAUGGGAGGAGUGAGCGGCUUUGGUGUUACUGCAGGAGCUCAUAGAUUCUGGACCCAUAGAGCAUUCAAAGCUACGCUGCCGCUUAGAAUAAUAUUUAUGAUCUGCUUUUCCGUAUCUGGUCAGAACAACAUAUUUAAUUGGGUGAGAGACCAUCGGGUCCACCACAAAUUUUCUGAAACCACGGCGGACCCGCACGAUGCACGUCGAGGAUUCUUCUUCUCCCACGUUGGCUGGCUCAUGAUGAAGAAACACCCACUCGUCGUCAAAGAGGGAAACAAACUUGAUAUGAGUGACAUUCUCAACGACCCAGUCGUCAAGUUUCAUGCAAAAUACUUCUAUUUUUUCAAAAUAGCAUUUUGCUUUGUAAUACCUACUCUUAUUAAAGUGAUAUUUUGGAAUGAAACCUGGGAGAUGGCCAUAGUUUCUACGUUUGCACGCUAUCUAAUGAGCGUCAACUUCACCUGGUCUGUAAACAGUUUUGCGCAUCUCUGGGGACACAAGCCAUACGAUGUCAAUAUCAUGCCUGUUGAAAACUGGAAAGUGUCCUUUUUAGCCAUGGGUGAGGGCUGGCACAACUAUCACCAUACCUUCCCUUGGGACUACAAAGCGGCCGAGCUAUCUUACUUCCUAAACAUUACUACCUUUUACAUAGACUUGUUUGCACGCAUUGGUUGGGCAUAUGACUUGAAGAAAGCGUCGCCAUCCCUGAUUGAAGCUAUUAUAAACAAAAAAGGACCCAAAGGUUGUGAUAAAAUGAUGUAGAAUGCCUUUUUAUAGUAAAUCAAUAUUUAUUAUUCGAUGUGUUAAGUUAUAAAUUAUAAUAAAAAAUUUAUACUGCUA